AAAUACUACCCUCUGUGCCUAAUCGUCGAAUGAGCAUUCGAGCAUUGGUCGGCUUGGCUCCACAGAACAGGGGCUGCGCAGUCCAUGCUACGGUAGGAAUUGGGAUCGUGGAGAAGUUGGGGAAGCUGGGGUAAGCUGGUGCUGAGCUAGAGGAUGCUUAGGUAGAAAAAUGUGGAAAACCAAGGGACGGGAAGCUAAUUAUCCAUGUGAGUAAUAUGUAGUUGAGGGUCCCAAGAAGGGUAUAACGUCCGAAGUUACCCACCCUCAUUGUACAUCGGCGCUCGCUGGAGACAAAUUUCAUGUGAUGCGAGGUAGGUGCGCGAUGGAGGCAGCAGGCAUUAUUGCUCAUAUUCUCGAUCUUCCCGCCUCGUCUGUUACAUUUCCUAUUUCGUGGUCGAGCUGAAUCGAAGCUUCAGCUUCAAGAAAAAGAUACCCAACGACACCUUGAAAGCCUCUCCAACGACAAAUCGAGCUUCGUCAUGCUGUUUUUCAAAUUCCUCAUAGCGGCUCUAGCGCCGGCCAGCCUUCUUGCUGAUGGCGCGCCGCGGGCGGCGUCGACACCAGAGUUGGAUCUAGAUGCGCUUCUCGCGAAGCACAAUCUGGCAUUGGUCCCUCGGUCCGACCUUACAGAUGCCCUCACUGAGCUCAACGGUUUGCUCAGGAAGAACCAGGUCCAACAACAAAAAGUCCCCAUUUACCCGCGAAGCAGCAACACCACCACCACGGGAUCUGACUCUGGGUCAAGUGGCGGUCUGGAUCUAGGAGAUCUUACGGGACUUGGUGAUCUGGGCGAUAUUCUCACGAGUUUGACCAAGUUAAUAACGCAGCUGGGUGAUCUGGGAGGUUAUCUUAAGGCCAUCCAGGAACUCUUAAGCGACGAGUUCUUGCAAGCUCUACACGAUGCUAUGGUAUACCUAGCUGCAACACUUCAGCCUCCUAUCCCCACAAUAGCCAGGAAUGUACUCGCCAAGACGGAACCCCUCAUCGAAUUGGUCUCAUCUCUAGAUCUAAAGAGCAUCAUAGAUGAAGUCAAGGACAUCGAUAUUAAAGGCAUACUUAACGCGCUAUCCCCCUUGCUUGCGCCCGAUGCUAUCAAGGGUCUUGUGACUCUGCUAACCAAUGCGGAGUCUCUUUUAACCUCGGAAACCGUCGACUCUCUGAAGAAAAUACUUUCCAGCGCGCAGCCACUUAUCGAUGGCCUUUCAAAGAUUGACCUGCAGAGUAUACUUGAUGCUCUGGCUCCACUUCUAACGGCAGACUCGGUCAAAGGAAUUGUUAGCCUGUUGGGAAAUGCCGAAUCUCUCCUUACUUCCGACUUCGUUGACGAGACUAAAUCUUUGAUCUCUGGAGCAGGACCACUCCUCUCCAGUUUGAGCAAGAUCGACUUGGAAGGCUUGAUAGAUCAAAUUAGCCCAAUCCUCGAUGAGAUUAGCCAACUUGACCUCAAAGGACUGUUCGGAGCCAUUAGCCCAUUGUUGACGACGGACUCUAUAAAGGGCAUUGUAGGGCUUUUAGGCAAUGCAGAGGAUCUUCUAACCAGCGAAUUUGUAGACCAGACCAAGUCUCUUAUUUCGGGAGCAGGGCCUCUGCUGUCUAGUCUAAGCAAGAUUGACUUGCAGGGUCUACUCGAUAAGGUCUCACCUUUGCUUGAUAGCAUCAGCAAGAUCGACCUCCAAGGCCUUUUCGAGGCCAUCGAGCCACUACUGACGCCCGAUUCCGUCAAGGGGAUUGUUGGGCUCCUAGGAAACGCUGAAGAUCUAUUGACAAAGAACUUCGUCGACGAGACGAAGACGCUGAUAUCCGGUGCUGUUCCUUUGAUAUCUGCCGUCAGCAAGAUUGAUUUAGAAAGUCUUGUUGACCAGGUGAAACCUCUCCUAGAUUCUCUAAGUAAGAUUGAUCUAGCAGGCCUUGUCGAGAAGGUGCAGCCUAUACUAGACGCUGUGGGUCAGAUUGACAUCACAGGCUUGGUCAAACAAAUUACCCCGAUCCUGAAUGCUCUCGGACAGGUUGAUUUGACUGGCCUCGUGAAACAAAUCGAGCCUAUUCUAAACGCGAUCAGCCAAAUCGACUUUGCAAGUUUGAUCAAACAGAUCUCGCCAAUCAUCAACUCUCUAGGACAGAUUGAUUUGGUCGGACUCAUCGACAAGAUACAGCCUAUUCUGGACGCCCUAGGCCAAAUUGACCUUGCGGGUCUUGUCAAACAAAUCGCCCCUAUUCUAACGGCGCUAGGAGAUAUCGACAUCAAAGGAAUUUUUGAUGCGGUCUCUCCGUUGCUUACACCAUCGUCAGUCGACGGCCUCGUUGGACUUGUUGGCAAUGCUGAAUCACUCCUCACCAAGGAUUUCGUCAACGAGACUCAUACCAUUAUCGACGGUGCCGCGCCGUUGGUUGGAGCCCUUGGAGAAAUUGAUAUCUCAGGCCUCCUAAACCAAAUCAAGCCACUUCUUAGCACGCUAAGUCAAAUUGACCUGAACGGCCUCAUAAAUUCUAUCAAACCUCUUCUCAGCGCCUUAGAUCACAUCGAUAUUGAGGGUAUCGUAGAGCAGGUUACACCUUUAAUCACACCAGAUUCCGUUAAAGGAAUCCUGACUUUACUUGGUAACGCAGAAAGUCUCCUCUCGGCGGCUUUUGUCUCACAGACGACCGAGUUAAUAGGUGACGCUACACCGAUUGUAGCAACGGCCUCGGACUUCAUCAAUGCUAUACUGCAAGCAUUAGUCGGUAAUAGCUGAGGUAUUAAUUUCGAAGUGUAAUAUUGUGGCAAUGAGGAAGAGACAUGGGUGGUCUAUCACGAAUUAUGUAGUGAACUUAAUGAAUAAUUACGAAUAUCAAUAGUAGGCAAUUUCUACACAUUAUGGCAAUUUUAUGGCGUUCAUCUAUCUACCUAGGCAUCUCAAGUGGUAUAAGAGAUAGCCCGGUGCUCACUUGAACCUAUUUGUAAUUUGGCGCAUUGACGGUUCGUUUGAAGUAGAUGCAUAUAGAGA